UCAGUACAUUAAGAGUUUUCUUUAUUAAUUCAAGCCACAGGACACAUUAAUCACCAUUGAAAGAUAUGGAUAAUAAAAAAUUCGGUGUGAAUCGGACGGCGGAAUUAAAAAAAAACCUUUACCAUGAGCGGGCGGUGUAGAAGAUUAGUCUUUGUUUGGUUUUGUGUAUUUUAUAUUUCAACACGCUUUUUACUUGUUGUUCUGGUAUACUUAACGCCGUUGUUUACUGCUUCACUAGAGAAAAGGGUUAACCUUUUUCUCUUUUGUCAAGCCAAUAAAACCAAGCAAGAAUUAGCUGUGUAUUAUCCUCUCUCUCUCUCUCUCUGUUCCUUCUUUCUUUCUUUCUUUCUUUCUUUCUAGUAUGGGAAAUAGAUGUGAAGGGAGUUGAUACUGUCAACAGAAAAUAUGGAAAUGUUUAGCAGGUUCUUGCUUGUCUUUUCGCUGUUUAUUGUGCUUGUGGAAUCGGAAUCUAAUACUACCUGCAAUAUUACGGACCAAGAACUGCUCUUUAAGGCUUUCAAGUCUGUUUCUGGUUUCAAUCCUUCUUGGUUCCAACCUGCAGAUUCCAACUGUUCUCAAGAAAUAAGGCUUUCCUCAAGAAACUUGAGCGGCAUCAUUUCAUGGAAGUAUCUCAAGAGCAUGUCACAGUUGCAAGUCAUUGAUCUCUCCAGCAAUUCAAUUAAAGGUCAAGUUCCAGGUUCGUUCUGGUCUAUACCGAGCUUGAAAGAAGUCAAUCUGGCUAAAAAUAAGAUUGGAGGGAGCGUUGGGUUUGAACCUAACCCGGGAAAUGAUUCAUUUUCCUCGAUCAAAGUGCUGAAUCUCUCAACCAACAGGUUCACCAACUUGGGUAAAAUCUCCUGUUUUGCAAAUUUACAAAUUCUUGAUCUUUCACGCAAUAAUAUUGGUUCUUUGCCUUCUGGGUUCACUAACCUGACCAAGUUAAAGUCGCUUAACAUUUCAAGCUGCAAAAUUUCAGGCAAUAUAAAAACUAUAUCAGGUCUUCAUUCAUUGACAUCUUUAGAUGUCUCAAACAACAACAUGAGUGGUACUUUUCCUUCUGAUUUUCCUUCACUAGAUGGCCUCGAGUUCUUGAAUGUUUCACUGAAUAACUUCACUGGAAUUGUUCACUCUGACGAGACCAACAAAUUUGGAAAAUCUGCUUUUCUUCACGUAGGUGGUUUCAAUUUCACUGCCUCCAAAACCCCAUCAAAAACCCCAAGCAAUCCCAUCAAGCCACAAUCAAAAGAAACCCCACCUCACAUCAACAGCAUCCCAAAACACUCAUCACUCAACAAAAACACCGCCAGGAAAAUCAAAUCCAAAUCAAAAUCAAAGACUAAAACGUUAAUCAUCUGUGUGUCAUCGGUAUCAGCAUUUCUGCUUGUAUCUAUUGCUAUUUGUGCCUUGUGCAUGCACAGGAGAAGAAAGAUUGCCACCAGAAACAAAUGGGCAAUCUCAACACCAGUAGUCCAAUUCCCUUUCAAGAUGGAGAAAUCAGGGCCGUUCAGUUUCGAAACGGAGUCGGGCACAUCAUGGGUGGCAGACAUCAAAGAACCAACAUCAGCCUCAGUGAUAAUGUCCUCCAAGCCGUUGAUGAACCUGACUUUCAAAGACCUAAUAGCAGCCACCUCACACUUCGGUAAAGAAUCUCUACUUUCAGAGGGCAGGUGUGGACCCGUUUACCGAGCUGUCCUACCAGGAGACGUCCAUGUGGCAAUCAAAGUAUUAGAGAACGCAAGAGACAUCGACCAUGACGAAGCGGUGGCCAUAUUUGAAGAUCUUUCGAGGCUGAAACACCCAAACCUGUUACCCCUGUGUGGGUACUGUAUUGCAGGUAAAGAGAAGCUGGUUCUAUACGAAUUCAUGGCCAACGGAGAUCUGCACCGCUGGCUCCAUGAGCUUCCUACCCUCGAACCCAAUGUGGAGGACUGGAGCACCGACACCUGGGAGCAUCAGAAUAUAUCUGGGUCCCACGUCGCUUCUCCUGAAGAAAAAACUAAUUGGCUCACGCGCCACCGAAUUGCCGUCGGCGUGGCUCGCGGGCUUGCUUACCUCCACCAUGCUGGCUCUGUACACGGCCACCUCGUCGCAUCCAACAUUCUCCUCUCUGAUACCCUAGAGCCAAGAGUAGCUGAUUUCGGCCUCAGAAAUAUCUGUCCGAAAAAGAAAAAUAUCAGAGCAGACAGCGAAGAUUGCGGGGUUGAGUUUGACGUAUACUGUUUCGGGGUUUUGUUGAUAGAGUUACUGACGGGUAAGCAAGGGAACGAAGAGAGUGUUGGAUGGGUGAGAAGACUAGUGAGAGAAGGGAGUGGUGCAGACGCUCUUGACUCGAGAUUAACAGUGGACGGUGACUCAUUGAGUGAGAUGAUCGAGUGUCUUCGUGUUGGUUACUUAUGUACGGCGGAAUUGCCUGGAAAGAGGCCAACCAUGCAGCAAGUUCUGGGUUUGCUAAAGGACAUUCAUCCAGAGUUGAACUGAGUUUCAGUGAGUCAGCCGAGUCAAGUUUUCUAAACCUGGGCAGUGGAAGGACAAUGCCUGGUUUUUGUUGGAAUUGGGGAGAGUUCAGGCAAUUUGAGUUUUGGGAAAAUGUUCACGCGCUGCAUAGUGAAUGGGAUUGGAAAUUAAUUUAAUUUUGCAAGAAGACCAUAUCUUGUUGUCUUUCUAUUUAAAAAAAAAAAAAAAAGUUAAUCUGGUGAAUGGUUAUGUAUAGAAAAAAAAAAUAAAGAAAAAAAAAGUUCCAAAUUCCAAAAGAAAAAGUGGAAAGGAAAAAAAAAAAAGGACAAAAGGAUGUGGGGGUAUGGUAAGAUGACUUGGCAGAACAAUACGCCAGAGAAUCCCACUUAUUAUUUGUCUUAUCUAUUGCCAUCACCAACUAGUUUUCAUAUUAUCUCUAAGCUUUAUCAAUUUUUUUCUUUA